AUGGUAAAAGCUAAAUCAUCUUCAUCAUCUAGUAGUAGUAGUAGACAAAAAGGAAAGGAUGUACAACCAAUAUCAUCAUCAUCAUCAUCAUCAUCAGAUGACGAUCAAUCAUUCUCACCUAGUAGCAAAACAGUAUUCUUGUUUUUAGGACUUUCAGCGGCUCUAUCAGCUCUCUUUAAUAGAAUCAAUGAUUGUGAUGAGUUUAUGAACUAUUGGGAACCAACUCAUUAUUUAAUGUUUGGUAAAGGUUUACAAACAUGGGAAUACAGUCCAGUUUAUGCACUUAGAUCAUAUGCAUAUCUAUUGUAUCAUUCAAGUUUUGGACAAUUAUUGUAUAUGAUUGCACAAGAAAACAAAGUUACUACAUUCUUUCUAAUGAAGAUAUUCCUUGGACUACAAUGUGCAUUCUCACAAACCAUUUUCUAUGCAGGUGUAAAGAAAUUGUUUGGUAAUCAAAUAUCAUUCUUGAUGGCAAUAUUUAUGUUCUUUUCACCAGGUUUCUUCCUUUCAUCAACUGUUUAUUUACCAAAUACAUUUUCAAUGACAAUGAUAAUGUUUUCAUAUGGUUUUUGGAUGUUGAAUAGACCAUUUUUGGCAGUAUUUACAUGUGCAUGUAGUGUGUUUAUGGGUUGGCCAUUUGUUAUUGUUGUUGGUGCACCAAUGGCAUUGUCAUUGAUUGUCGAGUAUGGUUUCAUCAAUGUAUUGGUUUGGGCAAUCGUUCCAACCGUCUCGGUGUUUGCUCCAAUGAUUAUGAUUGAUGAAAAGUAUUAUGGCAAGCUUGUUAUUGCCAUCUUGAAUAUCAUCCUUUAUAAUUUCACUUCUGAUCAUGAAGGUGGUUCUCAAUUAUAUGGUAUUGAAGAUUGGAAAUUCUAUUUUAUUAAUUGUUUUGUAAACUUUAAUGUUAUAUUUUUCAUUGCUUUAUUAUCUAUUCCUUUAAUAAUUAUAUUAUAUUCAAAUAGAGGAGUAUUAUCAAAUAGACCAUUAUUUAAAUUGAUUUUGGCAAUGUCACCAUUUGUAAUGUGGUUCUCAUUUAUGACAUACUUGCCACACAAAGAGGAGAGAUUUUUAUUUGUCAUUUAUCCAUUUAUUUGUUUGUCUGCUUCGGUUACUCUCUACUUGGUUGCUAAUUUCAUAUCCGAUCUCUACAAAUAUCAAUCGAGAUUGUCAACAAAGAGUACAGAUGACGAAUCAAAGAAAAAGAGUACUGCUGCUGGUCAAUCGUCGUUGCUACUCACCAUCCUCGGUCUCUUGAACUUUUUGGUCGAUCUUUCCAUCAAGGCUGUUGUCUUGUUGUUUAUCGCUCUGUCGGUAUCACGUAUCUAUGCAACUUUUAGAAACUAUGACGCGUCAAUCGAGGCAUAUGGAUUCCUUUAUGACGAUGUUUUACGUGCUGGUGAUGUCACUGACAUUCAAUUCCCCAAGACCAUUCGUAUCGGCUCCAACGUCAAUGUCUGUGUUGGCAAGGAAUGGUACAGAUUCCCAUCCCAAUUCUUUUUACCAAAUGACAGAGUAGACGAUCGUUCAACCAAGACAAACAAACCAAUGAUCACUUUCAACUUGGCAUUCCUAGAGUCCGAGUUUAAGGGUCACUUGCCCAAACCAUUCUCACAGCAACCAAAUGGCACGAUGGUCAUCCCAACCAACAUGAAUGAUCAAAACCAACAAGAGAUGGACCGUUACAUUGACGAUAUCAACAAAUGUAGUUUUAUUGUCGAUUUUGAUAACAAUCCAGACAACAGUUACCUCAACAAACUUUCAAAAGACCAGUUCAGAAUCAUCUAUUCACGUCCAUUCUUGGAUGCUAGUAAAUCAAACUCUUUGGCUAGAGCUUUCUAUAUCCCUUACUUUUCAGAUAAAAGAAUUACUUUUGCUCCCUAUAUCAUUUUAGAGAAUAGAAAUAAUUAA